CCCUCCGCAUCUCGCCGAGCAAAACGUAGCGCCGGGGAGACUGAUGUCGGAGGCCCGCGCCAUGAACAAACGCUUCGUGUUCUCGCUGCUGUUGGCUUUGGCCUGCGCGUGCGUGCAGGGCGCGCCGCUGGACCAGGACGCCCUGGCCGCGGAGUCUUGCCAAGAUGCUUUGGCGAUGGGCGCUGCCGGGGAAGCUCUGACCAAGAUUAACCGGGACCGCAAGGAGGGCUACAUCCUCAGCCUUCACCGCUUAUCCAACGCGCACUCCGAAAAGCACGCGGAAAACGGCAUCGUCUUCUACCUGACCCUGGAUGUUGUUGAGACCAACUGCAGCGUGCACAGCAAAAAGGACUGGAAGGACUGCCAGCCUCGCCCCACAACAGACACGCCUGUAUACGGACAGUGCAAGGCGGCAAUCUACAUGAACAGGGUGCACCGGGUGGUGCGUCUCUACAAGUACGACUGUGUCGUCAGACCAGUGCCCGCAGAAAGGGUGAUCCAAUUGUGCCCGGAUUGUUCGACUUUGCUCAGUUCCGAUAACGCCGAGAUUCAAAAGACGGUGUCGGAAUCUCUGAAGAAGUUCAACAAGGAGAGCGGAUUGGCCAAUCGCUUUGCUCUGCUGCAAAUCACCCGAGCGACAUCGGGGAUGGCCAUGGGAAUAAUGUAUUACCACGCCGAGUACACCAUCCAGGAGACAACCUGCCCCAACGACAAAGAAACAAGCGCGGACAACCACUGCCCGCUCAUGGAGUGCGAGUUUUCUCACAAAGGUUUCUGUCAGGCCUCCCACCACCACACUCCCACCGGCAAUAGUGAGGUCGACGUAGUGUGUGAGAUCUACGAGCCUGAGGGUGCUGAACGGGAGAAGAAACUCCACGUUUUGGGCGAUGAGCUGGAUCACACUCACAACGACACCCACCCGCACGGCAGCGGUCACGACGAAGCGCACCCCGCAGACUCGGCGCACACUCACGACCACAUCCACGACCACACCAAGAGUCACGCUCACCACGGGAGCGAGCACGCCGCGGGCAGCGGGCACCACCACACGCACGACCACGACGAGGGAAGCGCCCACAGGCACGCCCACGACCACUCCCACGACCACGGCCACGGACACGACCACGUGCACGCGCACCACGCUCAGGCCCACGAUCAUAGCGGCGACUCGCCCAACCACCACCAUAACUACAAGCACGAGGCGGGGGUCCACACCCACGAGCACGACCACGAGCUUGCCCUGGACCACGACCACAAGCACAAACACUUGCACGCGCAUGAGCAUCACCAUCAUCAUCAUACGCACGACCACGAGACGACGGUCCACGACCAUCCGGAGGGCACCGUAAGGCAGUUGCCGGCCAUGGGCCAACCCGUGACCGUGCCUUCCUUCCCCGACGCACCCGCCGCCGACGGAGGAGUCGUUCUGCCUCUUCUACCCGAUCCGCAGAUCCCCAACGUGAUGCAACCCACCAUUCGGCCCUUCCCCACUUCACUUUCACCUCAGUGCGCGCCACCCCUGAAGGGCCCAACGCUGGUGGAGGCACUCUUUGCGGAAGACCCCCUGUUCCAACUCGCCGCCUAAGUUCGUGUCGACGCACAGCAGCGGACUCGAGCAGAGCGCCCGUUCGAACUUGCCGCUCACUCGGACGAGAUCUCCUCAGAAGUGCCGAUCGCCACUUGCGUUCUGUUGAAAUCAAAACGCAGAUGCGUCACUUCAAAUCAUCAUCAGAAACAUUCAUCUCGUGUUUGGAAAGGGCCAGGUUGAAACCAUUUUCAACUUGAGUUCUUUUCAGCGGAUACAGCACCGUUCUUGACCGGUCCAGGGCACGUUGAAAAAUAGCAGUGAAUACGGCAUGCAUUCGGCUUGCGCUUGUUUGGUUUGUGUUCAUCUUGCUUUUGACACAAAGUGGCAACUGAGAAUUCAUCAGGAAUCGAAUAAAAAAAAAAAAUGACACUG